AAAAUGCAUGAAGCUGUCCAACAAAUUCUUUAUUUAUCCUUACCCUCAAAACAUCUAGUGGAUGAAACAUUGGAUUAUGCUGAAAUGGAUUUUUGGUCUGCUACAAGUUUGAAUAGUGAAAAUAUACAUGAUUAUAAUUUUGAAGAGGAGGUGAACAAGAAAAAUAAUUCAGAGUGGACCCCAUUAAUGUACGCGGCAUAUUUGGGACAUAGAGAACUUUGCCAAUUAUUAAUCUUAAAAGGGGCUAAAGUGGAGGAAGUUAAUGAAAGAAAUCAAACUGCGUUGAUGCUGGCAGCGUCGUGUGGAGCUGUUGAUGUGGUUCGAAUUUUGUUGGAUUUCUCAGCCGAUUUGAACCGUCGAGACCAAUAUGGAAGAAGCAGUUUGCAUUAUGCAGUAAAAUAUUAUCACGCUGUUGUCGUACAAUUAUUAUUAGAACGUGGGGCAGACCCUAAUUUGGCAGACUAUAAUGAAUCAACACCAGUUUUGGCAGCUUGCGAAAAUGGGGAUGAAAAAAUAUUAUCCUAUUUGUUGGAUUAUAAGGGAAAUCCAAAUCGACGUAAUAAACAAGGAUUGGAUGCUUAUGCUCUAGCUACUGAUGAAAAAUUACAAGCCCUUCUAAGGCGCUACAAACAAGAAAUGGAGCCAGCAUUGAGAGAGGCAUUGUUUCAAUUGGAUUUGCAGAAAUACGUGAAAAAUUUGAUGGAGCACGGAAUUAAAACAAUGGAAUCUCUACUUAAAUUGACAGAAAAAGACCUUGAUGAUAUGGGAAUUGGUCUUUUGGGCCCAAAAAGAAAAUUAACAAAUUAUAUAAAAGAAAUGAGGGAAAAGUGUGCAAUACCCAAAACAUCUACCCAAUCAACUAGUUCAAAUCGUCAACAAAUUCCUUCAAAUACUCAACUUCAACAAAAAUGUGAUGAACUUUCAAAAUUAUUAAUGGAUCAACGAUGGGAGUUGAUUGAACAGAAAAGGGUUAAUGCACAAUGCAGACAGACCCUUACUCAAUUAUUAACAAAUGGACGUUGUAGUGCUUGUACAGACCGCACUCCACGUAAAGGUUCUAUUGAAGAGUUAAUUCGAGAGUUGGAUAGGAUGAAUGCGCGGUUGGGGUCUUUUUUGCUUUGA